AUGAGCUUCGCGCAGGGCGCGGAGGUCGCCCGCAACCCGAAGGGCACGCCCCUGGACGAGGUCGCGGGCUCCCUGUCCAUCCCAAGACCUCUGCCUGUGCCGUUCUCUGCUCCUCUGCCCGUCGUGCGCCCCCUCGAUAAGCGGACGGGGGGCGUCCAGCCGUGGGCCGCCUUCGAGUGGGCGGAGCCUGCCCGGGAGGUCCUGGCCUGGGACGCGCGCAGGCCCCGGCUGCUGGCCGAGCUGCGGGCGGCGAGGGCCGACGUCUUGUGCCUGCAGGAGGUGCAGUUCGAGCGCACGGGCGCCGGCGGGGCCGCCCGCUUCGUGCUGCCGCCGUGGCUGUGCCAGCUCGCGGAAGAGGAGGGCUACACGCCGCGCCUGCCUAGCGAGGGGCCACUACAGCAGAUGGCGGAGCGGAACCUGCGCGUCCUGGACGCCGAGGUCGCGAUCGGCUGCGUCGUCAUGUACCGGCACGACCGCCUCGAGGAGGUCGACGAGGCGUCGGCCUCGCGCUUCGCGAAUACCCUCGUGGGCGCCUGCCUCCGGGGCCGCGGUCCAGGCGGGCUGGGCUCCCUUGGGCCCACCGCGGUGUUCUCCGUCCACCUGGACGCGACGUCCGAGGAGAAGCGCGUGGAGCAGAUGAAGAGGUGCCUCGCCCACGCUCGCCAGAUGGGCACGCGGGAGGUCGUCGUCGCCGGGGACUUUAACACCGAGUGUCUGCCGGGCUCGUGCAUCGGGGCGAUGGACGUAGACUGCGGGGACCCCACGGAUGAGGACCACUUGCGCGAGUGCGCCUCUGCACUGCGCAUUGGUGGCGGGGAGCCCACCGAGGGGGCAGACGCGCCAGAGGAGUGCACGGCGGCCGCGGCGGCUCAGACGACGGACGGGCCCACGGAGCAGCAGCUCAAGGAUUUCGCAGCCCUGCGGGACAGAGCGGUCUCGCUGUGCAGGGAGUAUCGCGUGGCUUUCUCGCACGUCGUCACCGGUCCCACCAGGGCGGCCUACGAUCACGGCAAGACGUGCGGCCCUUGCGUCUCCUGGCGCCUGGACCACAUCUACUACACGGCGCGCACGCUGCGGCUGCGCUCGUCGUGGCAAGCGCUGGAGGGCGAUCCCGCGAGCGCAGCCAGGGGGCUGCCCAACGAGAGCUGCCCGAGCCGACCACCUGCCGGUCGCGGCCGUCUUCGCGCCGAGCCCCGCGCCGAGGCUCGGCGAGGAGGAGCGCCGGUCACUGCUGGGGCGGCUGGAGCGCCUGGAGGCCUCCCACGGCGCGGCGUGCGCGGCACUCGCGGCGGAGCUCGACGAGCUCGACGAGCGGGCCGCGGCGGGGGCCGAGGCGGCCCCGGCUGUUGA